AUGGAGAACCGAGGAGAAAAUAUGGGUGUAGGUUGUUCUAAAAAGGAAGAGAAAAAAUAUAAAAAUCACUAAUAGCAGAUAAUUGAAGCAAAAACAGAGUAUUAGGAACCUUAGCAUGCUAAAAGAGAAAAGGCUGAGGGUUAUGAGCAGGAAAUAACCAAGUAAUAUUUUACUGAAAACAUCAUAUCUCUUAUUAAUGAAUCUGAUCAAGAAUUUGAAGAACUGGAUAAAAUUACUGACACUAAGGAUCAUAAAGUUAAACUUCAUUAACCGAAAGAGACAAUACCGUUACUGACCAAUUAAAAGACAAUGAUUCAAGGAUCGUUCUAUAAGAUGAUGGUCGUGGAAACAACUACAUUAACGCUAACUAUGUCGAUGUAAACUACCAUUAACUUGACUAAAGUGUAAUAGGGCCCAUUAAAAAAACAUAAGAAUAAACUUAUUGCUGCUUAAGGACCGAUGAAUAAUACUGUUUUUCAUUUUUGGUAAAUGAUUAAUCAAGAAAAAGUGUCUCUUAUACUCGCUCUGUGCAACUUAAUUGAAGGAGGAAGAUAGAAAUGUGAUAAGUACUGGGUUGAAGAAAAUAAAAGUCACUCUUUCUUAGAAAACUUUAAAAUUUCAACAAUCAAGGUUGAGAGUUUAGGAAAAUUCCUAAUAAAGAGAACAUUUAAAUUGACUUUCGACGGUUAGUCAAGGGAAGUAAUAUAAUUGCAUUACAUGGGAUGGCCUGAUCAUGAUGUUCCAUCUGGUGAAUCUAUGAAGGAAUUCUAGUAAGUCAUAAAUAUGUGUACAGAAUGGUUGUUGCUAAAUACUGAUAAUAAUUUUAAAUGCAUGUUUCAUUGUAGUGCAGGUAUUGGUCGUACAGGAACAACAAUCGGCUUAGCACAUCUAUAAAUAAAAAUAAUGCAAUAAAUGGUUAAUGGCAUUCAGUUAGAUAAUGUUAAAUUCUCAGUAUUCUCUACUAUAAGAUAAAUUAGAGAGCAACGAGCUCAUUUAGUGUAGAUGCGUGACUAGUAUUCAUUUAUAUAUCACUACUUAAAUGUCUGGCUAGAAAAUAAGGAAUAUAAGCAGUACAUAGAGGUGAAUCGGAAAAAGAUAAAAGUAGACCAUUCAGAAUAUUAAGAAUAAUGA